AUGGGGCAUGGGGAGGACUCCCAAUUUAUAUUCGUAUCGGCAUCUCCCCAGUUAGCUGCAAUCUCGGCGGGCGGUCUCAUUGGGUAUCCCAGUGUUCUCUUGCAGCAGUUCAAAAGCAAUGAUAGUUCCAUAAUUGUUGAUGUCCAUACGGCAUCGUGGAUUGCAUCGGUACAUGGAUUAGCUGGUGUUCCAAGUCUUUUCAUUCCCUAUAUCAUGCAACAACAUGGAAGAAAGUUUGGCUUCCACAUUUGCUGCCUCCUUGUCAUUCUCGGCUGGAUCAUCAUAUACUUUGCAAGAAACGCGACAACAAUCAUCGUUGGGGAGUCCUUCCAAGGCCUUGGCGCUAAAAGCCUCUUAGUUGUCAGCUAUUUGACAAUCGGUGAAAUGGUUGAUCCAAAAUACCGAAAUAUUCUAAUGCUGUUCUAUAAUAUAAAUCAAACUGUUGGGGUGACUCUCGUACAUGUUAUGGGCAAGUUUUUUCAUUGGAAAACCAUUAGUUUGACCAUGAUCAUGCCAAUUGCAAUUGGUUUCUUACUGAGCUGUUCUUGGCCAGAGUCACCAGCGUGGUUAGCUUUAAAGGGCCGGUUUGAUGAGUGUAAGAAAUCCUUUAUAUGGCUGCGUGGAGCAGAUGAAGAUGCAAUCACAGAAAUGAAUGCCCUGUUGAAUUCUCAAAUAGGUAAUAUAAAUAACAAACCAAAGAAAACUAAUACAAUUGAAGCGCUUAAAGAAGUUUGGGGUAAAAUCACGAGCAGAGACUUUUAUUUGCCAAGUUUUCAUAUGUUUAUAUUAUUAUCUGUUUAUUAUUGGAGCGGGAAUUUAGUGUUUCUUGUGUAUGCUAUGAAUAUGGUGGAGAACGUGACUAAAGAUGAGGAGUCCGCUUAUAUAGGGAUGGUUGUAAUGGACUGUGUCACGCUAUUAGGCAAUGCUACAGCGUACAUAUUCUUUAAGUAUUUUAAUAACAAACCUGUGUUAUUGUUUAGUGGUAUAGGAAGUGCUGUAUUUCUUCUAGCAUCGUCGAUUGUGUCAUACCUACAAUUCCUGGAAAUAGUAUCGGAUGAUUCGCUAUUAUGUUUGUACUUUUUAAUAGGAUUUAUGAUAGCUUCUAGUUUAGGAAUUUACACUACACCUUAUGUCAUGUCAUCAGAAAUAAUGCCUAUACAACAUAGAGGUAUAGGCGGUUCAUUGAUGGUUAUAAUUAUAUGUUCUUCCUAUAGUUUUACUCUCAAAAUAGCUCCCUACUUGGUUAUGUACUUGAAACUACACGGAACCUUUCUUUUGUAUUCAGUAACAUUAAGUGUAUGCCUAAUUUGGGUAUGGAAAUUUGUUCCCGAGACAAAAAAUAGAACGUUACAGAGUAUAGAAGAAAAUUACUUAGAUAAGAAUAAAGCAGAAAGUGUAGAACCUCAACCGGAGAGUCAAGCUAAUUUAAAUGUAAGGCUGGUAUUAAUUCAAAAGCCCCAAGAAUCCAACGAUAUACUUCAUACAGUAGUUCCUAGUGAGGUAAUCCAGAGCCUUCUGGAACAUAAGGAAUGUAUUACUUAA